AUGGACUGGCUCUGGGAGAAGACGUUGGAUUUCUGGUGCUCACUCUUUGGCGACAACGAGCAUGAUGACUCGACUAAAGACUCAGCACCAUCACUCACGACUUCGCCGAUACCUCAGUCCAUCAAACGUAAAUCCCGUGUGAGAUUCAGCCGCAGCACCAUACGAAAACUACAACUCAACGAACUGGAACAGUUGGGCUCCACAAAUGCCUUCUUCAAUUUCCUGCUCGCCCAGCGGAUUCGGCAAGUGGGCUUGCUGGGUCUCAACUACUUGGAUGUGUUGAAGUCCCACCGCCUAAUUUCGGGGCAACACAUAUGGCACUCCAUGGAUGAAGAGGAGCGGAGACCCUACCUAAAACUGGCCGAAAGUAUUCGGCAUCAUGAGAUGGAAACCUUUCAGGAUAGAAGGAAACUUGAUGAGAUCGGCUACCAAAUGUAUGCGUGCCAAAAAAGAGCCAAGAUCGCUGAGAACUCGGAACGCACAGCGCCAAGAGAUUGGGAGACGCAGCUGAGGAGAGACCUGAAAUCGAAAUCGCUUGGAGAACGUUCCCCCAAACCGACUAAGAUCAGUUGA